AACACUUCCAAACUACAAACCACGGAUCGUUGCUUGGUUAAAAUCUAGCUAGUAUCUCUGUAGUUAAUGGCUAUUUCUUAAACAGACUACAAGUUAAGUAGGGUUUUUUUAAUGACGCAGAAUUAACCAACAGUCGCAUAGUUUUUGUAAUUGUUCAAUAGUUUAGCGUUUUUGUAGACCAACAGGUUACACGCACCUGCGCACUGGUAAUGGCUAACAUUAGCAUUAAACUGACCAAUAUUAGUUUGUAGCUAGCUAGCUAGCUACCGUUAGCUAACACACACUCAAAUACUACCAGUAUACUAGUUAACUGAACAUGGACCUGGAUAUUCGUCAGUAUCUUGCCAAGGCAAAGAAGCACCAAGACUCUGGAGCUCUACAGUCAGCCUAUCAUUUGAUCCAGAACACGACAGCAGCUGGAAGCAGCAGAAGAACUCCACGUAUUUCCUCAGACUUGUACGUCGUUUGUGCGGAAGAGGCUCUGCAGCUGGGCUGUUUGGAGAUAAGCGCAGCAUGUCUAAAGAUAUACUUUGAAGGGAAUCCGCCGGCUAAUCAAUUUUUGUGUCGAGCCUACCUCUGCCAGGGCCAGCUAAAGUCUCCGCCGGCCCCUGGGAGUGUGGAAGACUUUGAAGAAGCUGUGAUGUGUUUUGUGAAAGCAGCUGAAAUUUCAAAGCAUGACCCACGAUACCACUUCAUGGUGUUCAAUGCCUCAGUGCUGUACUUCCAGACAGUGCAUCCUCUCUUGCAACCGGGGCGAUGCCUCCACCUGAUCCCCUCCCUCAAAAAGGUGGUGCAAACUCUGGAGGAGGUGGCAGACCAAGACCACAACUGGAGGGCUGAACUCAUGAUGCACCUAGUCAGAUGCCUUGUGGACUCUGGGAAAGUUGAGGAGGCUGAAAGUUUUGCCAAAGCUACAGAAGAAUUUAUCAAGUUGCAUACUCCACAUCUUUAUCAAAGACUCUUUACAUUACUGGUACAACACAAGCUGUCAGAGAGGGAUGCCCUCCUUGAAACAAGCAGGCAAUGCAUUACCUUGGACGUCAUUUUCAAAAUACAGGAAUUUAAAAACAGGGUAGAAGAAAUAAAAGAGGACGAUCUGACAAAAGAGGAUUCCACCAAGCUUGAGGAGAUUUUCUAUCUCCUGGUGGAUUGCACCAAAACACCCGUUACUCCUGCGAACUCUGACCCUCCUCAGAGUCCAUCACUCAUCCUGCCAUCUGACAGAGUUGCCUUCCUCCUGGAGUUGGCUCUGCUGGCCUUGCAAGUGAAGCAUCAGAAAGUGGCUGCCGACUGUUUGAAAGAGCUAAAGUUGGUGGGAGAGGCUAGUAUUGGCCAGCGCAUAGUAAUGGAAUGUGUCAACUGUGAAAUCAACCUUCUGAAGAAAGAGGCGAAGAUGAAUGACUAUUCCAAAGCCAGUGUGGAGGCCCGACUGAAGGAGAUAGGCAAGUUGGAUCAGUGGCUGCAGACUGCAGUGAGAGAGGGGGACCCUCAGGCUGUGCAGGCAGUUUGUGUUACCCAGUGGAACUUCUGCCUGCCCCUCUUGCAGCGCAACAUUAGGAAACGCAUCAAAACACCUCUGCUGAGGGUGGCCGAAGCACUGGAAGACAUGCAAAGUAUGUUGCUCGAGAUGCGCUGUCAAGUCCACUCAGAGCUGGCAGCAAUUGAAGAGGAGGAGGGGCACCUUGAGGCUUCUUUGACUCACCUUCAGAGAGCCAUGCUGUUGGAUAACGGGACACAACAAGAACGCCUGUCGUCAGCCUUUCGCCUCUUACAGCUCAGGCGGAUGCUCUACGAGACACCUCCCCGGACUGAGGAUAAAGCCGCCAUGCUUAUGCAGCAGGCCAAAGAUAUCCAGCUCCAAGAUACGACAGAUAGUCGUCCUAUUCUUGUUGCUGCAGGUCUCCUUUUGGCCCCUGAUGAUUUUCAAAUGGUCCUGGAUGCUGAUGACACCUCAAAAAUUCCCGUAGGCAGUCUUGGAUCUGGACCAGUGGCUCACCUCGCUGCUAUGGCUCAGCAUUACUCCACAUCAGUGGAAAAAGUGAAUGGAUAUCUGGCCAGACAAAGCAAUGACACAAACAACCCAGAGAGAGUGAUGUUGUGGGCAACAUUAGCAAAGACAGCCAGGAAACAUGAAGUUUGGGAUGUGUGCCGAGCUGCUUGUCGAUUCUGUCUGCUUUAUGAUGAUGGGAGAUGGAAAAUGUCCAAGACUGACAAAUGUAGCUGUUCAGAGGAAGAAAACAGUACAGAACGUCUUCACAGUUGCAGUGGAAGCCAAACAUGUGUACACGUGUUGCGCCUUUUAGCUGAAAUUCGCUUCAUCAGCGCUGAGGCCACCGUCCAGAAGCUGCUAACACAGGGGGUGCAGUUUAACAGCCCUCCUGUCCCUCCACACGAGAGAGGGCUUUGUGUGUCUGAGGAAGAUCCACACUGGGUGAUUUACAGAGAUUGGAUCCAGGCUCUGUCUGCCUGCGCCACCUCCAACUUCUUGCUGGCAGGGGAGCUCGGAGCAGAGAUCAGGGAGCCGUGGGUGGUAGUGAACGCAGCCAUUUACCUGUGGAACUAUAACAGCCACUUGCUGGCAGCUGGGGAAUACCAGUACCUGCUGCCCACCUUCCAGAAUCUGGUGGAGAUGUUCCAAAGGACAGAGUUCAUUGGGAACCGUACUCUGUUUGUGCUGCUGUGUGACGCUGUGGCCCAGGGGUUGAUCCAGCCUCUGUCUGGACCAGACAGCACUGAGCUAGCUGUGGUAGGAGACAAAGGCAAAAGCAGAGCUGAGAAGGGGAUGGAGAAGGCUGCCAGUGUCCAUGGGGCUGCUUUAGACCCUGCUGCCCUGCAGGAUGUCCGCAAGGCAUUAGAACUGUGUGAUCGUGCCCUUCGUAUAUCCAGUAGCCACAUGCCUGGGGACACCAUCCCCAUCGCAGCAAGGAAACAGGUGUUGGCCACAUGGGUGCAGAUCAAGAGGCUGUUGCAUCAACAGAUCGGCUCAAAGAUGGACACAUUUAAAGAACAGUGUGACAGUGAGGAAGUGUCUGCAAUGACGCGUGUGCUGGUUGGAGUGGAGAUGCUCCGGUGCAAUAGGAACCCGAGGCAUAUGGAGUUCUCUGUUCCCAGUCUCUCCACACUGGUAAGCAUGGCGUCUGAAUGCAGUUGGUCCGAUGCUGUGGUGGAGUUGCAGGUGUGGUGCCAGCUGGCUGCCUUCUGCCACUAUGUCAAGGACCACAGCUUGGUUUUGAGCUGCACCAAAAGUGCUCUGCAGCUGGAAGACACAGCAGCAAAGAGUCUCAGUACCAUGCCCUGCGUUUUGUAUGGCCCAACUGCAGUGAAUGAGAUGCUGAGCAGUGCAGCCUGUUUGAGGGGUUUGAGCUUAGUCCAUGAGUCCAGUGGAAAUCUACAUGUUUACAAAGAAGCAAUGAAGGUGCUUCUGUCCAGUGUCAGCUUUGCAGAGAGCGCGAGCAACCUAGCAUUGUGUGUCACAGCUGCCAAGCAUUACUGGAACACUUGUCUACCUCUGACACAGAGCCCCGAGGAAAGAUGGCAGCUCCAAGAACACCUGGAGAAGAUACUUAAUGCCCUGAGUCACACCACCAAACAUGAAAAUAAACACGCCAAAGUGAAAGGACUGCUAACCUUGACAGCACCGCCUCUUGCAGCUUCUGAGCAUGGAGUAACACAUGAAGAGCACCUAACCCUGAGGGCAGCUAUUUACAGCUUGUUACUCCAAAUCCAAAUUGACAAGGCAGACUUUGAAAGUGCUCUGCAGCUGCUGGACAAAGCAAUGAAAGACAUGCCUUGCACCAGACACCGACUACCUCUGCUUAAAUAUCGUAUACUGGUGAAAGCACAGAUGGGAGAAAGUGUCCUGGUGGACAUGCAGAAAUUAGAAGAUGAAGGAGAAGAAUGCUGUUCAUUUAUGUGGCACUGGGUGGCACUGCGUGCUGGCAGUGUAACUCAACAGCUAACCUGCUACCAGAAAGCCAUCACCUCUCUCACGAGCACAGAGAGUCGGUGGCAGAAGGUCAGCAUUCUGCUCGAAUUUGGAGAGUGGCUGUACCGUCACAACUUCCCCAAAGCAGAUGCCCAACACCAGGUUCAAUGGGCCAUAGACAUCCUUCUACACUUAGAACCUGAGCAGCGAGGAGGACCAGAAGAUGAAUCCAUUCAGAGAGAUUUGAGCUCUGUGAAAUGUGAAUCCCAGGUGGGCAUGCAGGACUUGAUAUUCACACAAAAUUUGUCCAGUCUGAUAGAGGUGCGUCGCCUUGACUACUUGAUACAAGCACACACUGUGCUCGCUGUCAUGGCAAGCAAGACUUCACCUGAGCACCAGCUCAACCUGCUCAGAGCCUACACCUUUGUACUCCAAAUAUGGCAGGUUUCUAUGGCAGUGGCUUGUGAGAUUUCCAGUGAGAUGACAAAGAGUCAGGCAGUCCAACCCCUUCCCUCUGCUGGAUCCAAAAAAGGCAAAGAUAAAGGCAAAAAAGUGAAAGCUCCCACCCCUGCAGAAGAAAGACCUAAACCCAUUGUGUUGGAUCUGACACUUCCUUCCUCCCUGAGGGACUGGGCUCGCUUCGUCUGUCCUGACCAGGCCAGGCAGAUAUUCAGAACCAACAGCAGCCUCCACUCUAUCAAUACACACAGCAUUACAAACCAGGCUCAAAGCCUGUUUUAUCUGGAUCUGCUGGAAAGAGAACUACAUUCACUUUGCCUUGACCAUUUAAACCUGCCCAUAAUGCAUCUAGCUGAGACUAUUGCCCAUGACCUUCUGGAUAGGAAGAGCCUCUCUGACCUCUACCGACUCAGAAUUGUGAGGACCUGUGUCCAGCUGGGUUUGGAGGCACAUUCACCAUAUCAGGAGAAGAUUUUUGACUUGAGUAGAAUUCAAGAACAAGAGCAAAUGAGGUGUCGCAAAGCCAUAGCUCUUUCACAGGAAGGAAGAAGCCUUCACAGAUCUUAUAACCAGAAAGUAGAGAUGAAUGGAAAGGCUGUGUCUCGGAGACAGAGUAUGGAUUUGUGUGCUCAGGACAUUUGGCUGGACAAAGCUGAGGUUUGCCUCAGCAUGGGGCUUUAUCAGUCAGCCAGGCAGCUCCUGGCAGAGGCCUACCUGGUGUCUACGGAGCUGGGAGAUCAGAAUGCAAUAUCAAGAAGUUUGCUCAGUCUGGCCUCUCUGGCUUGUAAAGAACAGAACCAUGCUGAGGCUCUGAUCCUGCUGGAUAAAGCCCAAGCCCUGGGUGGGGAUGAGGAGUUCUGGUACCAGUUUACCCUUACUAAGGUCACAGCUGUAGUGGGCCAGCGAGACCAAGAUUCACUAACCAAGGUUGAUCAGAUUAUAAAACAAGGCUGUGAGGCUUUGAACCUCGCUCUGGAGCAGCAGGCAAACCAAGUCCCAGAGCUCACUUUCUUAAUUACUUCAUUAGAAAAGAGAGGUGCUGUGGAAUACAUGUGUGCAAUCGAUGGGGUGGAACCUGGAGAAAGACUGGGCGCUGAAGCUGUCCAGAGGCUAAUUACUGCCUGUGAUACACUGAGAGAGUGUGCCAGAGCUUUCACUGAACUCAGCUGCAGAGAACAAGCAGCAAAGGCAUAUGCAGAGUAUGCACGUGGUCUGAGAAUCCUAGCCAACGAUUGUACUGAAAUAGAGGAGAAACAGCGUUUCCAGCUUGAUGGCCUCUUCCACAUGCAGCUCGCUAUCACAAUGCAGGAACAUGUGGUGCUAAAUGUUCAGAGCCUGCUCCCCCCUAAAGAGGAGAAUCACGGACUAUCACUGGCAGCCAUGCAGAGGCUGUUGCACCUGCGACUGGCCCUGGCAGAACUUUGUCUGACCAUUCUGGAGGAGCACUGUGCUAAAGAGACAUGCCAGGCUCUGGCCCGGGAGGGGAAGACCCUUGCUGAGAUAGCACUGGAGGAGUUUACAUGCCCCACACCUGAGCCCAACUCUACUGAACAGGAAUGGUUGAGUGUGGGCAGAACCUUGGGGCAGAUGGCUCUGCACCAGUGGGCAGCAGUCAGCUCUAACUCCUUGGACAACAUGGAGAUUAAAGCUCGCUGCCUGAGCCUGAUGGGAAAGUACCUGAGACUCCUGGCUGUGCAGGAGGAGCCUAUUUACCUGAAUGCUCUCUGGGAAACACAUAAGCAGAAGGAAGUCUGGUCUGAACGUAACGCUGUUUCCAGAAAGGAGAAGAAUUCUGAGAACGACAGUGAAUCAAGCCAAAAAGAGCUGGGAAUGAUCUCUGCUGAGCAGCAGAAAAGGAAUACUGCCCAACAAAUAUUGGUACAAGCCAGUAAAGCACUGGCAGAGGCCACCAGUUUGUGUCUCCAAUACAAUCUGCCCUCCUCCAUCCUGGCUGAUGCCUCUCUAAACAUGUUGGAGUGUCAUGGCCAGUCUGACCCUGCAGUGGCAGGCCAAUACAUUGCCCUGUUUCAGAGCUGCUGCACUGUUGCUGUGAUGACUGAGGUCCUAAGUUCUGCCUGUGCUGACACCGGAGUGUCCCAACUCUCUGCUCUGCUCAGCCUCCGCAGGAAUCUGCUCUUCUCUCAGGAGGAGAGGCCCAGCAGCCUGCUGAAGGGAGUGGAGGACUCCCUCAACAGCCUCUCCAAGGUGUUCAGCCACCUGACCAUCAAUCCAAACCACUUGAGCAUCCUAGGAGAACUCCCACUCAACCUGAAGAUCUUGCUGCUUCAGCACUCUGAAGAUUGGUCAGAACUUUAUGGCGCCUUCUAUGAGAUGACCAAAGCUCCAGAAAAUCAAAAAGGAAAGACUCCACAAGUUACAGCUCCUGUUGCUACAGGUACCCUGAUGUGCUCUAGGAUGGCCAAGGUUUCAGUCCUGCCGCAGGCUCUGCUAGCACUGAGGGAGCAGACUCGGGCUUUUGGCCAGGAGACCAGACAUGCCCUCUUCAAGGAAGACUCUUGGCACAGAGUUAAGGGCAGGCUGGAUGCCUCUGAGGAGCAUAAGAAAACUGCAGGCGGAGAAAAGUUGCCACCUUCCUUCACAAAAAUUGUACAAGAUAUGGAAGCUUAUUUGAAUCCACUUCUCACACAGUUUGACUUCUCUUGCUUAAGGCCACAGGCGGCAUCACUACCAGUCCCUGAAAUGACCAAAGGCAAAGAUAAAGAGGAGAAAGGGAGCUCAGUUAAAUUACCAGCUGAACCAGGGGAAUAUAUGGUCAUACUGGCAGACAGGAAGCUGCUGGAGUUGCCACUGGAAUCUUUGUCCAUCCUGCAACAGGAGGGCUUAAGUUCGGUGUCACGAGACUUUUCACUGCAGCUUUUCUACACCCGCCAUAAGAGAGAAGAACCACAGAAAGUUGAAAGUGACAACAAAAAGGAGACCAAAGGUGGCAAGGGAAAUAAGGGGAAGGGAGAUCAAAGCCAAGCCAUCAAAGUGAUACCUGCCAAUCAUGUGCUGCCUUCUAACACCUUCCCAAUGGACACACGUAACUUCAAAUAUAUUGUCAACCCUCACAAUGAAGGCCAUCUAGCCGCAGGAGGGACUAGUCUGAGCAUGAGGAUGAAGGAGAUUUUGGAAACCCACAGCCAGCAUUUCACCCAUUUGUGGGAGGGCAGCAAACACACACCCAGUGUGUCUGAGAUGGAGCAGGUGCUGUGCAGAUGCAGUGCCUUUAUUUACCUGGGGAUGGAGCACUUAAUGGCAAAGAUUCCACCUGCCAAACUAGCAGCCCUCAAUCUGUCUGAGUGCCACAUGGCUCUGCUCUUUGACCGGAUUCAGAACAAUGCUAGCAUUCUCCACCAGUCAAUGCAGAAAAGUGCAGGACAGUUUGCCCUGGAGGAUCCCAUGGAGACUGCUCUAUUGUUGAGUUUGGCUGGUGUUGGCUGCAUUGUCCUCAACCAGUGGCACAGCAGCCUUCAGCAGAAUACGCAAAAUAUGGCCACUGUUCUAGACAAUAUACUAAGGGCCAGACAGACUUCUGGCCAAGCCGUCUAUGCCCUGAGGAAAUGGAACACUUCAGAGAUCCAGCAUCAAGAGAUCACAGGAUCAUGUGACUCAAAGGAAGAUGACGAUCACCACAAAACAGCUCUUUCACUGUCAGCCUUCAACUGCAUUCUUUAUGGACUUCCUAACCUAAAUGUCACGUAAUAUCCCAUACAUCCUCACUACAUCUCAUCUACAUGUCACAGUUGAAGAUGAUUACAGGCAUGCAUGGCAGGUGGCUUUGCAAAUAUAGCAAUAUUCAAAAAAAUCUAAAGCUUCUGUAGUAUGAGAGGUUAAAAAUUUUCAUUAAAGAUGAGCCUUGAUUCUUUUCUGACAUUCUCUACUUUGUAAUUUUAUGAGAAUACAGACUUUAUACUUGAUGGGUUUUUUAAAAAGAUCCAUUUUUUACUAUACCCAACAGAUAUAAAACACAAUAUGCAACAUGCUCAACCCUAUAAAGUCAGGCCCGGGCUUUCAGUGCUGGGGCAGAUAGCUUACAGAGAUUUACCCCUUACAUGUCUUACAUUAUUAAAAUAUGCUACUUUGCAAUGCGAUGACAAGUUGUGCCUGUGGGAUUGCUGCCUAGCAGGUAACGCUCAACAUACAGAGUGUUUUGAAUGUACUGUCACUGGUUACACACACAAACAAUUUUGACCAAACCAGAAGACAUAUCUGACAGAUUGUCAAAUAUGCAUUCAAGUGUGAUCAUGUAACUUUGUGUUCUUGUGUUUAAAUGUCUGUUUACUAAAACUGUGUUAAAGCUUUCAUAAACAUUUUGUGCUGAUUCUCUCUCUGUAUUUGCUAUAAUUCUUUUUUCUUUACAUGAGAUAAAUCUCACUCGACAGCCUCUGUUUAGUUGACUUGAGCUGAAAGAGGCUGGGUUCAUUCUUUCAUUAAAAUAAUACUCAAGUGA